CUUCUCCUGGUCGCUGUGGGUCGGAGGCGGCGGGGAGUCCUGGUCCGGCUGCUACGCCACCAUGGACGCGGCCGAGGUGGAGUUUCUGGCCGAGAAGGAGCUGGUUACCAUUAUCCCGAACUUCAGUCUGGACAAGAUCUACCUCAUCGGGGGGGACCUGGGGCCCUUUAACCCCGGCUUGCCGGUGGACGUGCCCCUGUGGCUGGCCAUCAACCUGAAACAACGACAGAAGUGUCGGCUGGUUCCUCCCGAGUGGAUGGACGUGGAGAAGUUGGAGAACAUUAGGGAUCACGAACGAAAGGAAGAAACUUUUACCCCUAUGCCCAGCCCUUACUACAUGGAACUCACCAAACUCCUGCUAAAUCAUGCUUCAGACAACAUCCCCAAAGCAGAUGAGAUCCGGACCCUGAUCAAGGAUGUGUGGGACACUCGCAUCGCCAAGCUUCGGGUGUCUGCUGACCGCUUUGUGAGGGAGCAGGAGGCGCACGCCAAGCUGGAUAACUUGACCUUGAUGGAGAUCAACACCAGUGGGGCUUUCCUCACACAAGCGCUCAACCACAUGUACAAGCUCCGAACAAACCUGCAGCCUUCUCCGAGCACCCAGUCUCAAGACUUCUAGAGAAAGACACAUCUGUAAAGGCCUCGCGUGUGCUGCCGGAGGCGUGCCGGGUGGCGUGGGAGCGCUCGGGACGGACAGAGGUACUGGAGUUCUGGAGUUUCAGAACCAUUUUUGAGUGUGGCAAACGUGUCGUGAAGUAAGGGAUGGAUUCCUAACAUGGUGGGGAAGCAACAGGUCUGCGCUUAGUCAUUAAGGCGCUCUCGUUCCACAUCUGUCCCGAGAAGCCAGCUGUUCUUUUAUGGGGGAAGAAAAAAGCUUUGGCAAAACAAGUUCUUUUUCCCAGCAGAGCCUCAGGUCUCCCGCACGGAACUGUCACGUGUGGGUGAGUGCUCAGCGACAUCAGGUGUUGCUUUUAAAAGACAGUAGGAAUGGCCACGUGGCCUAGGGCUUUUUUUUUUCUUUUUGAUCCUGAUCUCUGGGCUAAAUUUAGAAUCUCCUUACAGGGGUUGCUCAGAGGAUAGCAGAUAAGCAGCUAGUGACGCUGGUCAGUGUUUACCACCUGAGCCCUGAGACACAAUAAAGAUGGCAACCCAAAUCUCUUUUGAGAUCUUUUUCCUGCGUAACUAGCAAGUAAAAGGAGCGAGCCAUGUGGCUAAAACGAUCUGAUGGACUGAAGCGAACGGUGUAUCACAGGCGACUAAACUUCAGACCGACACUC